AUGUCUGCCUCUCCUCGCGUGCGUGAACGCGAAAUCGACCACGACGAAACAGCAGCUCCCUCUGCGAAAAGACAAAAAUUCGAGCAAGAUGUGUCAAGCUCUUCUGCCCCAUCAGAAGAAGCUGGUGAAAAACGCGUAGAAGCUUCAUCUGCACCACUCGAAGCAAGCGAUGCGGCAUACUCUGCUAUACCAGAGGAGCCAGAAAGCUUGUUGCCUCCUAGCCAUUCUUUGCUAGGAACAAAAUUUUUAUCUCAGCCGAGUACCGAUGGCCACGUUCGCAUCUUGGAGACAGAUGUCGGGAUCUCAGAGUACAUCGCGAAAGAUGUACCGAAAAUCGACGGGAUAAUCAAGCAAAGGUUCACAGACUUUCUGGUGUACGAGGUCGAUCUCGAUCACAACGUCAUACAUAUCAAGUCUCUGGACAUGCCAGAAUCCCCAUCAAAAAAGGACAAAGAUGAGGCUGCGCCUGUGACUGAGCUUUCUGCCUCAGGCGAAGCCAUGCAAGGCAUCGAAUCUACAUCAACUCCUGCAGACGCCAAAAUUGUCGAGGAAACACCAUCUGUGGUCCCUGCAGAGCCUGCUUUCGAAACUCCUCAGCCCUCUGACGCUCCUGAACCCGUCACUCCAGAAACUCCUGCAGACCCUUGGCCUGAAACCUUCACGACACGCCUCGCGACCUUCCUUUCCGAGGAAAAAGUCGCUCUGCUGAAGCAGAUGUUCUUGGAAGGACCAGAGCCACCGUUCGUAAGUGAUGCCGGGUGGGGAGGUCGCUCGACGACGAAUGAGGUAAGUCCAUCGGUCGCCGAGACUGUCGAGGAGAAGGCAAAAGAUGAAUCUGAGGAAGUCGUCGAGAAAGAAGUGAAGGGUAGAGGGAAGCGCGGCAGAGAAAGAGGUGGGAGAGGCGCCCGAGGAGGCCGAGGCGGGAGAGGUGGACGACCAGGAAGACUUGGUGCGAGAGAGGACCAUAGGAAGGUUUUAUCAGAUCCUAUCGUCGCGAAGAGCACGCGUACAGAACUCCACCAGGCGGUGAGAGAGCUGUUUGGCGGAAAGCUCGACAGUGAGACGGAUACGACCGCGCCUGCGGACGAUGAAGGAUCUAGAAUUGUCAUCAAGUGGUCAAGAAGGGGUGGUGGACGCGGUGGUGGUCGGGGCGGUGGUCGAGGUGACAAGGGCAGCAAUAGCGACCGCCCCUCCCGCGGGAACUUCCCACCUUACAUUCACUUCACCCUUCAAAAAACGAACCGUGACACGCAGGAUGCACUCGCCUACCUGGCACGGACGUUGCAUGUUAAUGUGAAGGACCUCUCCACGGCCGGCACCAAAGACAAACGUGGCGUCACCGUUCAACGUGUCGCGCUGCGACGGGGUGGAAAGGCUGUCGAAGACAUUUGGCGUCUCGCAAAUGGCGUUCCUGGGCGGCAUUCGGUUGAAGAAGCUGUGCGAGAAAGGGGGGAGAGAGGCGUCAGAAUUGCGGACCUCAAUUAUAGGAAGGCGGGGCUAGAGCUCGGUAUGCUCAAAGGGAACGCAUUCGUGAUUACGCUCAGGAACGUGCAAGUCGACUCCACGGAAACCUUGAAUAGAGCUAUGAACUCAAUCAAAGACCAUGGCUUCAUAAACUACUACGGUAUGCAGCGCUUCGGCACAGCAUCUAUCCCAACACAUUCCAUUGGACUGGCCCUUCUUAAAGAAGACUGGCACCGAGCAGUCUCCCUCAUCCUACGCACACGCCCUGGAGAACAUCCCGACGUCGUGGCAGCUCGGCAGGCAUGGCUAGUAGAUGGCGACCUCGAUCGCGCACUCGAACUCAUGCCUCGUCGGGUCGUCGCGGAGCGCUGCAUUCUUGAGAGCUACAGAAAGCAAAAUGGCGAGACGCGCAACGCCCUCGGAGCGCUUUCGACGAUUCCACGGAAUUUGCGGCUCAUGUAUGUCCACGCUUACCAGUCCUAUGUCUGGAAUGCGAUCGUAUCAGAACGCAUUCGGACAUAUGGUGCGGAGAAGGCAGUUGUUGGCGACCUCGUACUCGUGUCAACCAAAGCUACGGAUGGCGAUAUGGAAGUUGACGAAGUUGAAGUUGAGACCGCGACGGAUAACGGUCCAAGCAGAGGAAGCAGAAGGGAAAAGAAACCUUGGCAGCCUGCACAGGUGAAGACGCUCACAGCAGAAGACGUCGACAGGUACUCCAUCUUCGAUGUUGUCAUGCCCUUACCCGGCAAAGAUGUAGCUUUUCCCGGAGGCUCUCUCGGAGAGCGUUAUAAGGAGUUCCUGCGCAAAGACGGUCUGGAUCCCGAUAAUUUUAACCGGCGUCAAAAAGAUUACAGCUUGAGCGGGUCAUAUCGCAAUAUCAUGCAUCUGCCGAGGGAGUUGUCAUGGGAUGUCCUGCGGUAUACUGACCCGGACGUUCCUCUCGCGCAGUCAGACGAGGAUAAACUGCUCGGAUACGAUGCGCCAGCUAUCGUUCCCGAUGGUCGUUUCCUCGCGCUGCAGAUCCGGCUGACUCUCGGCACGGCGGCUUAUGCUACGAUGGCGCUGCGAGAGGUGACGAAGACCGAGACGAGCUCGCAUUUCCAGAGCAGCCUCACGCAAGCAUCUCAGGAUCAACAGUUCAAGAGUGCUGGAGAGGCUACAGCAGCUGAUGUCGAUCCUAGCGCGGAUACCGAUGCGGUGGUCGUCGAGGAGUUGGGCGGCGAAUAGGUAGGCGGUCGUGUACCCGUUGUAAUUAUCGGUGUGAAGAAGGCGUACGUGUCGCGUGUGUAUUUUUAUGACACUGUUCUCC